AUGUACUUUGUUGCUCAUCGACACUGGAAAGAUUUACUUGGACCUUACGGUUGUACUCCUGAGCUUCGGCGAUUUGCUGAACGUGCUAUUUCCAUUCGAAAUGCUGUAUCGCAUCAGAGGUUUGAUUUCACACUCUAUGAACGUAAACUCGAGACACUGGCGAAGCUGGCCGUGUGCAUUCAAGAACAAGAUGUGGCAAAUGUGAUUCGCGCUUUUACGGGUGUACAAAUUACUUUGGUGGUAGCGACUUCCGCUGACACUUGGCUGAAGAUCAAAGAAGAAGGCAACGAGCGUUUCAACGAGAACCAGUGGACUGAAGCGAUGGUUCUCUACACUCGUGCGCUUCAACUCAAUCAGCAAGAAGCAGUGUUGUAUGCUAACAGAGCUCUAUGCGAAAUUCGAUUGCACAAGUAUGAUCUAGCACGGCAAGAUGCUGAAGAUGCCUUGGAACUCGAGCCAAAACAAAUCAAAUAUUAUCUUGUUCUAUCCGAAGCUCUUCUUGGUCUGAAUCUUCAAAAGGAAGCGGAAGCUGUCUGUGUCGAAGGUCUCAAGCUGGAUCCUCGAGAGCCUACAUUGCUCAUGCGUCAACGUGAUUGUAACGCCAUAGCGGUCAUGGAAUAUUACGCGAAAAACAAUCCUCGACCAACAAAACCAGAUGAAUCGCUUGAGCAGCUGCUGGAAAAUAUGCACCAUCAGCAAGUCAAUCCUCCGGCUCAAGUCGAAAUUGCGGACAUUUCCGAUCCGAUCACUUUUCUAGCAGCUCAAAAGAUAAUGAUAGAUGCUCAUAAGCUCUAUCAAAGCGGUCGGCCUGGCAUUGAGGCACAUGUUGUCGAAUUAUGCUCGAAAGCAGCCGCGAUGAAUUCUGCAGAAGGUCACCAAAACAUGUCUGUAUUCUACGCCGAAGGCUAUGGCGGCCUUUUGCGUGAUUUUGCUCGUAGUAAGCAGCAUUGCGAAGCGGCUGCUUCCCAGAAGCCAUUCUGUCGUGUGGGAGGACCGAAAGGUCUCAUUCAGCCAAAUGUAGGUGUCAUUGAAGCGGAGAAUUCACUCGGUGUCACAUAUCGCGAUGGAGCUGGCGUCGAUAUUGAUUUGGUAAAGGCGACGCACUAUUUUCGCAAAUCAGCCGAGCACGGAUGUCCAGAGGGACAAAAUAAUUUUGCAACAGCCUUGAAAACUGGCUCUGGAGUGAAAAAGAAUAACGUUUCGGCGCGUGCUUGGUAUGCCAAAGCGGCAGAGCAAGGUAUCGCUGAGGCCGAAGAGAAUUAUGCAGAUGGUCAGCCUGAUGCAUUUCGCAAACUGCAAGAACUAGAACGAAAUACAGGAAAACCUGAAGCAUUGUUUCGAAACACUGAUGAUCCCAAUCUUCUUUUUCUUCACGGAUCGAAUUACACGCGCGGUGAGGGCAACUUCCCGCAAGAUUACGAACGAGCGGAACAAUGUUAUCGUAAAGCAGCCGAGAGUGGACAACAUGCGAAUGCAGAGCUAGCUCUGGCCCAACUGUUGCUCCAGCAUUUCAAGCGCAACAGCGAAGGCUUCCAGUUCAUGAGAAGAGCGGCAGAAAAAGGACACUCUCUUGCUCAGUUCUACUUGGGCAAACUCUACGCUUUCGGACACGGAUGUGAACGCAAUGAAGAUGCAGCCAGACGCUGGUUGAAACGCGCCUCGAUACAGGGAUUAAAGAAGGUGGUUAUUGGUGAAUCAACAAACAUCGAUGACAGCGAACUGAUGGAUAUUCAACCGGAUGAAAUAAUUAAAAGGGGAAAAAAUGUGUUUGAACAUGAAAAAUCAAUGAAUUUAUCGAUGACCAACAUGUCUCUCGAAGAACGUGUGGAACGAUAUGCCGAGCAUACUCGACCUGCUCAUGUGCCUACCUUUCUCGCCAAGCGGCUGUGGUCGGACGCACUUGAAAAAGUAGAGAACGGCGUACUGGCCGAAGGUCUCGCGCUUUUUCGACAAGCCUACGCUACCUUCAAUCCAUUACCCAGUCUUCCAAUCUUUGGCAAGGCGGCUCAACUGCGUCUCACUCUCGAUUCACAAGACAGUGACGCACUGUUUGCAAGUGCCACUACAGAACAACGAAGCAACAGCGAAAGCCUCCGUUUUCUUCAACAUUGUGUCGAACUGCAUCCGUUAGCAGCAGACUUUCAGCACUUGCUUGCUUGUACCUACAUGUACGCCCUCGAAUACACGAAAGCUGAACAAGCAGUGAAACGUGCUCUCGAACUCAAGUUCACUCUCGAUUGGCUGUACACACAAGUAAGCGCUAUAAAACAACGUCAUGAUCGUCGAAUGCAGGUCAAUGCCAUGAAGAUACGUGUUCGCUCUCACGCAACGGAUGAAAGUAAGCAUAUCAUUGCCGGAUACCAGCGCUUUCUCGAUCUAAACCCAUCCGACCACCGAAAAGCGCCUUUGGCUCAUUAUAUUCUCGCCACACUGCAUUUGUUUCGCAAAGAACACGAAGAGGCACGCAGACAUGUCAAGCUGGCUCAAAUGGCCGAUGCACCGGAGCAGCGUCUUCCUUGCCACGAGCCAAUCGAAGAGAAUCAUCCACUAAAGUUGAUUCUCGGAUCCUUGAUAACGCCCUUAACGGCUCCCAUGGUAAUGACACUCGAUCUCACGGCCACGCAGCUUUGCGCCAACUGUGGAAAAUCGAAACCGCCCUCUAAAUGUGUGUGCCGAAAAAUAAGCUACUGCGACAAGACGUGUCAGAAAGAACAUUGGAAGUUUCACAAAAUGGAUGCGGAACAUUCAAAGAAGGAUAGCAAGUAG